AUGGAUGUGGUGAAGCUCAAAGCGAUUCUCGACGAGCACAAUCCUGCUGUAGUUUCCAUCUUUCAAGAUGUUGUACCCGAAAUGGGCCUGCGAAAGCUCGACUUGUGUGUACUGAAUUAUUUGCUGUGCAUGCUGGAAGGUCAGACAAUUCCAGAGUCCUACCUACCUGAGGAAACCAUUGAGGCCACCCUGAAUACUUACUUCAAGGAAUUCAAUGUUUUCCCAUCAGGGGAUGCUAUGAAUAUGGGUGUCAAAGCAAUUACCGAGAAGAUGCUUUCAGAGGGUGUCACACAGAAACCCAAAGAGACGCAGCGAUUGGCCAGUGCAGUCAACAUUAGUCGACAGUACGAAGAAAGCCUCAAGCGUGCCACAAUGAUGAAGGGUGUGGGUAAGGUUGCGGUAGCGAACACCAACGAAGACUGGUCAUGGGAAACAAAGCGAAAUGCGGCUAAGGAUGUACGCAAGAAGCGCAAGGAAGAUGAGAAGAAAGCCAUGAUGGCUGAGGAAUACGAGGAGUUUUUGAAGAAGCGCGGUGUCAUUAACUCGCAGGUGAUCACGAAGUUGCAUCAUAAGUACGAAGGAAGCAACUAUUCUUCUGACAUCCGCUGCGAAGACAUACACAUUCACAUGGGUAAGCAAACUCUCUUAGACCAUACUGACUUGGUUUUGCUCUCCGGGCACAAGUACGGACUGGUCGGGCGCAACGGGUCCGGUAAGACAACGCUGCUACGGGCUCUUUCUGAACAUGAGCUGGAGGGCGUCAGUCCCUUCGUGCAGAUACUCCACGUAGAACAGGAAAUCGUAGCCGGUGACGAGACACCACUCCAGGUGCUUCUCGUAACUGAUGUAGAGCGUGAAUCACUGUUAAAGGAAGAGCAGGAGCUGCUUAAGCGUAACGACGAUGAGAGCAACAGUCGACUAAACAAAGUGUAUGCGCGCUUGGAUGCUAUUGACGCGCACAGUGCCGAGUCACGCGCUGCCACAAUACUGAGUGGCCUCAGUUUCACUAAAGAAAUGAUGAAUAGUCCGACCAAGUCGCUUUCCGGUGGCUGGCGUAUGCGUGUGGCGCUGGCACGUGCGCUCUUUGUAGAGCCUGAUAUUCUUCUCCUGGACGAACCGACCAACCACUUGGACCUCUUCGCUGUUCUGUGGCUGGAGCAAUUCCUCAAGGAUUGGACCAAGACGUUUGUCGUUGUAUCUCACUCCCGGACCUUUUUGAACAACGUUUGUGAGCAGAUCAUCCAUCUGGUUGGCACGCAGCUUCAUUACUACACGGGUAAUUAUGACCAGUUUGAGAUCACCCGAGUCGAACAAGAGCGUCAACAGAAAAAGCAAUAUGAAACUCAGGAGAAGCAAAGGGCCCAUAUUCAGGCGUUUAUUGAUCGAUUCCGCUACAACGCCAAUCGCGCGAGGAUGGCACAAUCGCGUAUCAAAGCGCUUGAACGAAUGGAGCUGGUGGCGGAUGUCGUGGUGGAUCCGCAGUUCGCAUUUAAGUUUCCUGAGCCAGAACUUGUGACGGGAUCUUAUCUGGAACUUGUGGACUGCGAGUUCGGCUUCAAAGCAGGUGUUAGCCUCUUCAAGGACGUUAACUUUAGCAUCGAUGACAAUUCCCGCAUGGUUUUGGUCGGUGCCAAUGGUGUUGGUAAGUCUACAUUGAUGAAUAUAUGUCUUGGUAAAUUGGAGCCGCGUGCUGGCACUGUCGUGAGAAACAAAAAGAUCCGUAUCGCACACUUUGCUCAGCAUCACCUGGAGAGUCUCACCCCGCAGUUAUCCUCGCUCGAAUUUUUGAGGUCCAAGUUCCCGCACAUGGAAGAUCAGAGCCUGCGAGCGCAUCUUGGUAGUAUGGGUCUCUCUGGGGAACGCGCACUGCAGCCAAUCUACACACUUUCUGGUGGUCAAAAGUCGCGCCUCGUUUUAUCCUGGAUUACCUUUACACGACCACAUAUGCUUCUGCUGGAUGAGCCCACCAAUCACUUGGACAUUGACACGGUUAACGCUCUCAUCGAAGCACUUCUUGAGUAUAAGGGGAGCCUGUUGGUCAUAUCCCACGAUGAGUUCUUUAUUACGUCCCUGUGUGAUGAUAUCUACGUUUGCGAGAACGAGCACAUUACAAAGUUUGAUGGUGACUUCGAAGCAUAUCGGAACAGUAUUAUGAAGCGGUUAAAAUAA